UGUCUGCCAAGCCGGAUGUGGAUAUUUGGUGCAGCACAGCCAGCCUGUGUGGUUAGCUAUAAGAGGGAAACAUCUGUUUCUGAACAGCAGGGCACACCUGAAACUGUGGGCACCCACCUGAAUGUGACUCAGCUUGUGGCGGUGCUGUUCCGGGCGGUCACGUUUGGGCUGAACGCCUUCACCCUGCGCCACCUCUCUCGGGAGCUCCUCGGCGUCGUCAACGUGAGGCUAACUCUACUUUAUUCAACGGUUCUCUUCCUAGCCAGGGAGGCGUUCCGCAGAGCUUGCUUGAGUGGGAGUACGAAGCGAAACUGGACCAAAACAAUUAAUCUAUUGUGGCUGACAGUCCCUCUCGGUGUUUUUUGGUCUGUUUUCUUGGGCUUAGUCUGGCUACACUUACUUGAAGUACCUGAUCCUUCUGUGGUUCCUCAUUAUCAGGCUGGUGUAGUGGCAUUUGGCCUUUCUGCAAUUAUUGAGCUUCUGGGAGAACCAUUCUGGGUUUUAGCCCAAGCUCAUUUGUUUGUAAGACUUAAGGUAAUAGCUGAAAGCCUUUCGGUGGUGUCAAAAUGUGUUUUGACAGUUAUUUUAGUAAUCCUUUAUCCUCAGUGGGGCCUUUACAUUUUUUCCUUGGCUCAGCUUUUAUAUACCAGUGUUCUGGUAAUGUGCUAUGUAAUUUAUUUUGGAAUGUUUUUGGGAUCUCCUGAAGCAACAAAGAAGUCAUUUCCAGUUGCUAGAGUGAAAGCUCUAUUACCUAAAUUGGUGGAAGAUGAGACUUUCCUUAACUGGAAGGAAGCAAGGUUGACUUGGAGCUUCUUCAAACAGUCCUUCUUGAAGCAGAUUUUGACAGAGGGUGAACGAUACGUGAUGACAUUUUUGAAUGUGUUAAAUUUUGGAGAUCAGGGUGUAUAUGAUAUUGUGAAUAAUCUUGGUUCACUGGUGGCCAGGUUCAUCUUUUCGCCUAUUGAAGAGAGUUUUUAUGUCUUUUUUGCUAAAGUAUUGGAAAGAGGGAAGAAUGUAAAGGAUCAGAAGCAGGAUGACAUUGCUAUGGCUGCGAAUGUAUUAGAACUGCUGUUGAAACUUGUGCUUCUGAUUGGCCUUACCAUCACUGUUUUUGGAUAUGCCUUUUCUCAGCUGGCUCUGGAUAUUUACGGAGGCUCAAUGCUCAGUUCUGGAACAGGUCCAAAUCUUCUUCGGUGUUACUCUUUAUAUGUCCUGUUUCUUGCUAUCAAUGGAGUAACAGAAUGUUUUACAUUUGCUUUGAUGUGCAAAGAAGAGGUAGACAGGUACAAUUUUGUUAUGUUGGCCUUGUCCUUCACCUUCCUGUGCAUCUCCUACUUCUUGACCCACUGGCAUGGCAGUGUAGGCUUUAUCCUUGCAAACUGCUUUAAUAUGGGUAUUCGAAUUGCUCACAGUACCCACUAUAUCUAUGAUUACUUCAAGGAAAGCACUUACAGACCUUUGACAGGCUUGCUUCCCUCACCAGUGUUGAUACUCGUUUAUGUUGUAAGUGGAGUAAUUACUGUUUUUUCAGAGGUAUUCUUCUGCUGUGAUAAGGGUUGGAUGGCAAGGCUGAUUCACAUCAGCACUGGGGCUGUGUGCUUUGCAGCAACCGUCAUUACUAUGUUCUGCACAGAGACCAAGCUGGUUCACUUUGUCAGAAGCCAGUUCCUCUCCCGGUAUAUGAAGAAAGGAACAUGAAACACUCGUGCAAAACAAGUCUCUUACAUGCUGGCAGUGAAGGGCUGUGUCUUUUGCAUUGAUCUGUGUGGAAAAAGGUUUCCACAUGAGUUUGUUGGAAGCAUUGAUACUGGAAUAGCAAUGUAGAUGGUUGCCAUUUGAAUAUUAUUUCUUCUUCUAAACUGGUCAGUACAGUGAAAGAGCUGAGUAAUUUCUUCUUCAUGCAUCGUUUGUUUCAAGCUUUUCUUCAAAGAGCCUCUUUGGUGAUGAAGGUCUAUGAUAUACCCUUCUGACAUAACGUAGUUGCUACACGUUAUGUAGGGAGCUUCCAUUCUUACCAAUAGGGAGUACAUAUAUGAAGGUAUUUUAUGACUUAUAUUUAAUUAAGAUGUAAUUAAGAAUGACCUUAGUGAGCACGGUGGGCUGUUUAACUGUUAGAAAAGAAAUGGUCUGACAUAAAUACAAAACAAAACACUGGAGCAAGAACCAAUAGCCACUAUUACCAAAUACCAAUAACCAGCUGUUACCAAAAUAGAAUGUGAUGUGGUACAGAGAAAUCUGAGUUAUCAGUGUCCUGAAGUGUAAAGCAUUAAACAGAAAGUUCCAAUGCUUGCAGAUAAGUUAAUAGAAUACACAGCAUGUGUCCAUGCUAGCUAUGUAAAAUUACUUCCUUCAGCGUCAUUCAUUUAAUGAUGGUAUUAUUUAACUUGUCAAAAAUCCUCUGAAGCUUUAACUCAAAUAUAUGUUUUUGAGCACUGGUUAAACAGGUCUGAAGUGCAACCAUGCUGAAGUUCCAAAAGGUUGAGUUAAACACAAUUUCUUUCACUCCAUUGUUUUUUGUUUUUAUUUGAGAUUUUCAAUGCAAGUGCGAACAAAUAUGUCUUAAUAAAAAAGACUUUUGCUUUUCUCCAAAACUAAA